CGGAAAACAUGGUCUGGUUAUGAGUGGACCUUAUCGGCCUGGGCGACCCGCCGAUGAAGUCGGUCCGGGAAUCGGCCCGGGCCAGCUUUAUCCAGAGUAGUUAAACCCUAAAUCCUCCGGUAUCCUCAGCGAAUCUGGAGGUGAUUUCCCCUUGCGACAAUGGAUUCCAAACCCUAGAUCUCGACAGCGAGCCUUCGUCCCUUAUUGCUUUCAAAUUCUCCGGCAGAUCACAGAAUUCCGCGGAAAUUUAUAGAAUCAGAUGCAGUCGUAGCUAUUGAGGCUUGAGAGGCUCGCCGUGUUCACUUGGUGACGGGAUACAAAGAAGCAGACGCUGUUUUGGAAGAAAAGAUACCAGGGCGUUGUACCUUAGGAUGGCAAGGAGGAAAAUUUUGGCCAUUUGUCAGUCAGGUGGAGAGUUCGUCACACAUAGCGAUGGAUCCAUGUCUUAUUCUGGUGGAGAAGCACAUGCAAUUGAUAUUGAUCACGAAAUGACACUGCAUGAUCUGAUGUCUGAGAUUUCUGUGAUGUUUAACUGCGAUGCGGAUUCCUUUUCGAUCAAAUACUUCCUUCCAAACAACAAGCGAACUCUCAUCACAGUAUCUAAUGACAAAGACCUAAAGCGCAUGGUUGAUUUCCAUGCAGAUUCAGACACAACAGAUGUUUAUGUCUUGAAGAAGGUUGAGAACAGGAUAAUCAGGAGCGUUGUAGCUGACUCAGGUACCCCUACUGAUGCUACGACAGCUAAAGAAGCUACUCUCGAGGAUGCCAAGCGGCAAAGAUUGUGCGCCAAUUGGGAUGGUGUGAUCACUGGCAUAGGGCAAAAAUUUGAUAGUCCAAGGGCCUUCCGUGAUGCACUGCAUAAAUAUGCUAUUGCAAACAGUUUUAUGUAUAGAUUUAUAAAAAAUGAUGGGUGUCGUGUAACUGCUGAAUGUGCUGCUGAGGGUUGCCCGUGGCGGGUACAUGCAUCUAGGUCAUCAGGUAAGCAAGAGCUUACAAUUAAGAAAAUGAAUGACACUCAUGCAUGUGGAAAGGACAUGAGUAAAGAAAGUCAUCGUCUAGCUUCUCAGCGAUGGGUAGCAAGUGUCAUAAAGGACAAAUUGCGAGAUAGUCCAAACUACAAGCCACGGGAAAUUGCAGAUGAUCUCCAACGCGAAUAUGGACUAAGCUUGAACUAUGCACAAGCAUGGCGUGGGAAAUUUGUUGCCAAGAAGGAGCUUCACAAUUCACAUGAAGAGGCUUGUAAUCAGUUGCCUUGGUUUUGUGAAAGGAUUAUCGAAACCAACCCAGGCAGUGUGGCUACAUUACUAACAUCAGAUGAUUCAAAAUUCCGUCUUUUUGUUGCCUUUCAUGCCUCUCUUAGUGGUUUUGAGCAUGGUUGCCGCCCCUUGAUUUUCCUGGAUAUAAUAUCUAUGAAAGCAAAUAAGCAAUGGAAGUUGUUGGCUGCAACCACGGUUGAUGGAGCGAACGAUAUUUUUCCAGUUGCCUUUUCUGUAGUGGAGAAGGAGACUAGUGAAAACUGGCAUUGGUUUUUGGAGCAGUUGAAGUCUGCUUUGACAAUGUCGCACAACUUAACAUUCAUAUCAGAUGGACAGAAUGGUUUGGAGGAGGAAAUCCCUCUAGUGUUUGAGGAUAGUAAUCAUGGCUAUUCUGUGCAUCACCUCAUUGAGGAUUUUAAGAAAGAGUUGGAGGACUCUUGGACACAGGAAAUAAAAGAUGCAAUGGUUAGUCAUCUCAAACGAGCUGUAUAUGCUUGCAAAGCUGAUGAGUUUAAUGAAUGCAUUGAAAGCAUCAAAGUUGAAUCUAAAGAACUUGCUGAAUGGGUUUUGCAUACAAAACCUGAAAGGUGGUCAGAUGCCUUCUUCAAGGGCUUGAGAUAUGGCUGCUACUCCUCCAGUGCUGUGGAAACAUUUAAUGGCUGGGUAUCAGCAAGACAUGAGCUAUCAGUGGUCCAGAUGGUCGAUAUGAUCAGGUGUAAGAUGAUGGAGAUGAUGUAUACUCGUAGGGAGUCUUCUAGUGCUUGGGCAGAGGCACUCACACCAUCCAUGAAUCAGAUGGUACAAGAUGAGAUGAUUAAAGCACAGAACCUUAAUGUAGGAUGCUCGACAGAGAAUGUGUUUGAGCCAACUAUAAUUUGGAGCCCAAGAUACAUCAACAUCCUUGCAGCUUGCUGGUUGGUUUCUCUUUUAGUCUUACCAUCUUCAUUUCUUUGAUGCAAGCAGCAAGCAAUCAAGACUUGUUUACUUCUUUUGCACAGAUGUCUGAAUGAUAGAAACCGUAGAAAGGUGGAAGUAACUGAAAUGUCGCCCAAGAAGGUUACACAGACACGGAUGAUGUGUAUCCUUUCUAGUGGCCUGGUUGCUUGCAGCCUGUACCUGAUCCAGGAAGGCUUGGCAUAAAUCUCUAUCGACUUUGUAACUUUAUUAUGUGAGAUCCAUGUUGCACUAGUAUUGCUCAAGACAUCUCUGUCCUACUGGAUGCUAUGCAAAGAAUGUGGUUAUAACUAGCAGCGGUGAGAAGAAAUUAGCUGUACUUUUUAUAUCUAUUUGUUCAUUGUCUUAUCAUCUGUUCAGGCAUAAUGGUGAUAGAGAUGAAAUUCAUAGCCUAAAUGGGCUUAUAAGCUCAUGAAGACUUUUCACAGUUCUGGAAGUUCAAAAUGGCUGAAGUUAUUGAAACGUUGCUUGCAUAUUUGUGAGGUUUAGGAUAAGUGCUGGAGAUGAGGGAUCUUAAUGGUUAUCGUGAUGCAUGUAACAUAAAUUCUUUAACUAUUUCUCCAAAAAUCUAUGUAUAUCUAUUUAAGGAGAGCUCAAGUGUCUGCCAUGUAUUGGUUGUAUAUUCCAUGGUUUGAAAACGUUACUUGUUUAGCUUGAGUUCUAUUCAUCUUGCGGUUGUCUCAGUGAUUGGCCCACAACAAUACGUCCCAGUGAUUGCUGGCAUGUACUAGUUGCACGCAAUGCAAGCAAUAAUUUUUUCCUUUUUUAAGAAUCCCAAUACUACAUGUUUCCUUAAAAAUCUAUAUUUUUCAAAAUAAACAAAAAAAAAUGAUCACAGCUAAACGCAGAAGACCGCAGCGUUUAGUAAGUCUCUAUUAAGUCGCAAAAACUUUCUUAGAACACGUCAUACGGGGAGAUGGCAUGCAAAUGGUUCCUGAAUAUUCAUCCAUGCCUUAUGCACAUCCAUGGGUCUUUUGCUGAAUUAAUGAAACCCUGGCACCAGGUUAUGGCUGCUAUGGGGAGGUUUGGUUUAAGAGGAUUGGAUAGUUGCUGAAAAUAUUGCUGAUAGCGCCAAGCAAACGGUGAAGAAAUUCAUUGAGCACAGGAAUAUCAGAUGCAACUGCUGAAACAUGAGCUGAAAGUAUCUUGAUAAUAAUAUAACGAUUAUAAAGAAAAAGUAACCAUACAUCAUCAUCUUUGAUUCAUUGUUUUGCAAAAGCAAAUAUUUAUAGCUGCAUUCAGACUCCACCAAUUACAAUGAUCUGUGAAGAAUGUCGCAAUGCACAUUGGAUUAUGUUACAUAAAUGAAUUAAAGCUCGGCUCAUAUAAUUUUGUAAAAUGUUUAUAGCUGCAUUCAGACAGCACCGAUUACAAUGAUCUGUGAAGAAUGCCACGAUGCACAUUGGCUUAUGUUGCAUAAAUGAAUUAAAACUCGCUCAUAUAAUUUUGUAUGCAUAUAAAAUUAUUAAAAAAAUGCUUAUCUGAUCCUACGGAGUAGAAUUCCUCAUGUAGAUUUGGCAAGUGUAGGGAGUUUCAAGCUUCUGCUUUGACAGCAGCAUCUACGAUAUCAUUGUUGUUCUGCUGGGCCCAUAACUGUGCAUAUCUUGCUGCCCUUGACGAGAGAGCUUCAUGGGGACCCUGUUCCACAACCUUUCCAUUCUCUAAAACAAUAAUCUGAAAAUUCCAAACAAAAGUGGAACACCAGAAGUUAAAUUAAAAAGGGUGCAAAUAUAUUUGACCCACUCAUCUACUAGAUCUACAACUUAUUCUUCAUAUAACUGACUCCAUCAUGUACAAAAUAUCAUUUUCUUGAUCCUGUUAAACAGAUCAUGAAGAGAUGAACAAGAAAGGUCCAAGUAGAAGUCAAGAAUCUUGAUAAUCAAAGUUGAAAAUUCGAAAUAAAUAUAGUCCAAACAUCUAAAUGGGACACAAUUUUAAAUUCCAGAUUCGCUAAAUAAUAUGAAGUGAAUUCAGUAGCGGAAAAAAAUUAAAUACCUGCAAACAAGCAUGAGCAUGUCUAUUGCACAUAUGAUAUAAAAGAGCCAGAAAAAAAUGGUAAAAGAAGCUUCUCUUUGUCAUAAAAUUUUCUCAUGAAAUCUUACUGAGGCGUACCGAAAUAAAAAAUAAAAAAAUGGUUAGAGAGCUAUUUUGGUACCCAAAUGUACCAUACCAUACAGAACUGAUACAAUACCCAAUACCAAAAUUGCGGACCUCACCUCCUAAUCACCUUAAUGCAUUGAAAUGAAUUGUUAUAGAGAAGACUAUCAAAGAAACUGGAGAGGCAAUCUCCUCAGAGUUUCAAAUCAUGGAAACAAUGGAAAGGGCACCAUUGAGGUAGAUAGACAAGCUUAAUAAGCCAGCAUAUUUUUAUUCACUUAGAACAAAUUGGAAGACAUCUUGACAUUACUGAACUGUGAAAAUAACUAUGAGACAUGAGGAUGUUGUUUUCUGCAACAUCAAACUUUCAUUUCGCUUGCAUGGAAACCUAAUCUUAAACGAGAAGGAAAAAUCAUGAAAUUGUUAAAAAAAAAACCUGUAGCAAUAAAUUUUAAUGCUUAGGUAAAAUCAAGUAAAAAAAAGUUGAAAUAACAUCAUUGAUUCAAAUAACACCAGUCGAGGGGAAAAGAAACACGGUACAUGUCACUAGAAUGCAAGGAUAAUAAAAAUGAAAAAAAUAUUUACCUGUCUAGAAAGAGUCUGAAUACCUUUCAGGGUUACCUUGGAAGAUACGGCAUUUUGCAAUUUUGUCAAAAGAGAAAUGACCGCAUAUAGGUUGUUUUAUGCAUUCUAAAUUCAAAAAAAAAAAGAAAGAUAUCGACAACAUGAAUACAGUAUGAAAGAAUGGAAAUAGAAGGGUUAACAAAUAUUAAUGAUCAUAUCACAUAAAUCAUCACUGCAAGCUGAUGCCCCAGUUCGUGCUAUUCCAUAUCCAAUUAGAGCAGCAGCCGGGCUCACGAAAAGAGCCAAAAGAGUGGAAUUAGUAUCGGUAAAGGAUGCCAUUGCAUUUUCAAAGCCAGUUAUUGCUGAAAGCCAAUCCACAGCAAGCUUGAAUAAGAAUGGCACUUGAACAUUUAUAACCUAAUUUUGAUUUCAGGUCAAAAGGUCAGAUAAAUUACAAGAAAGUAAAUUCAAUUUCAGGACCAUGACUCUUGCACAAAUAACCAGUCCGUGAUUAAUAUUUAGAAACUAACUUAAUAGAAAAUGUUUCCAUGGUUAAAUGAUGCUAUAAGACAACAUAUACUUCUUUAGAUUAAAACACAGUUUAGAAUCUUGCUCCUAAGAUCUAAGACCAAAUCCUUUUGAUGUAAAAUACACGAUGUGCCGCUUAAAUUGAAACUCCAUAUGAUAAAUACAUUUAUAACAUGUAUUAUAAUUAGAAAUUUGUAAGAUUUAAAUUAUGUAUGUAGUCAUAAAGUGGACAUCUCAAAUGGGAAAAUGUAAUUCUUCAAUUGGGAUUAUGAAUGGACAGAAUAUAAUAUCUCUAGAUUUUGGUCCUAGAUAGAGGAGAGGGGAAAAAAGAGAAGGUACGCAACUUUCGGAAGAAUGUAGUUCGACAUUUUAGAAGAAAAUAAACCAAGCCUUCAGGCAUAUAGGGGCUAGGAAACACCAGCCAAGGAGGUUUUUAAAAAUUAGAGAGAAAGAGAGAGACAGAGAGAGCAGACUGACAAGGUCAAGAAAACUUGAAUCAUCCACAUCAGUAGAUAACCAUGACAAACAAAUGAACCUUAUGGUUUUGGACUUCAAUGGAACAGCUAACUCCAGGUAGCCACAGUUCAGAAAAAUUAGACAUGGAUGAUGUUAAGGGUGAACAAAAAGAGGAAGUUGGAAUGCUCUACCACUAUUGAAGUUGGUGAUGAAGGCAUGCAUGGUGAUUACUACUAAAUCAUGAAAUCGCAACGCAAAUAAUGAAUGUAUAGAGUGACAAAAUGCAUUAAUGGGCUUAAGAAGAAUAUUGACAGAUAAAUUACAUAAUGCAACUCUUAUACAAAGUAAUAGAUAAAAAUUAAGAGAGAGAGAGAGAGAGAGCGAGAGAGAGAGAGAGAGAGGAGAGUAUGCUAAACAUUCAAAUGUAGGAAUCAUGGAAUAUACGGACAAGCAUAGGCUUAAGCUACUAAACCCUAAUUCUUUGAACAUGACGACAGCAGAGCAAAAUGAGAAUAAGCGAACCAUGACAAUAGAAUUAAGUGAUUGCAGUGGAUUAUUAAUUAUUCACUAACAGAGAUUGGAAGAAACAUUAGACACAUGUUAG